AAGGCGCUGCACAAAAUGCUGAGAAACGUUCACCUAGCUACAGAAGACGAUGACUUAUACGAAGGAUUCAACGACUACAAUAACAUUUCGUAUGACGUAGAGGGACUAGAAGACGACGAGGGAUUCAAACAAGCGGUAAAAACGAGUCAUGGAAACAGACCUCCUCUGCCAAGCACGGCAAUGAAAUCAACUGGGGUUGGUGGGACGAGAAGAGGUGCAGGGGCUCCAGUCGGGACUGCAGCUGGAGGAGGACUUCGAAGUCGUGGGUUGGGAUCUCAGAUUGGAAGACCUGCAACUGGAUCGGAUGGUGGUCCAGCUCGGCCAAUGACUGCCAUUGCUGCAGCUGGAUACCCAGGCAACAGUAGUCGAUCUGGAUCACAGGAACGGAGUUUACCAUCUUCCAUGCCAACUACCGGACUAGCAGCUCCAUUAGAGACCAAAAACGAGGAAAACUCAGAAGAGGCAAUCAAACACCUGGAAAAGAAAGUGAUCGAAUUACUUGAGGAAAGUGCAUUUGCCAACUCUCGAGGAGAAUUUCAAAUGGCUUUAGACAGAGCAAAGGAAGCCGGUCGGAAGGAGAGACUUUUGUGUAAGCAGCGAGAGCAGAAUUCGUUGAGUGAACAAAUCAAUCUAGAUCUGACGUAUUCUGUUUUGUUUAAUCUUGCUGUACAGUAUGAGGCUAGUGAAAUGUAUGCGGAAGCCACCAACACAUACUUAGUCAUAGUGAAGAACAAAAUGUUCAAUAAUGCAGGUCGUUUACGAGUGAACAUGGGCAAUAUUUAUUAUAAACAAGGGAAAUACAUGCAAGCAGUGAAGAUGUAUCGGAUGGCUCUUGAUCAAGUGCCUACAACUCAUGAAUUGAUUCGGGCUAAAAUAUUACAGAAUAUUGGAUCAGUGUUUGUGAAAAUGGGACAGUAUGCUGAUGCUGUGACGUCAUAUGAGCAUAUCAUGGCAAAGUGCAAGAGACCAGACUUCACGACAGCAUUCAAUUUGACUUUGUGCUACUUUGCACUCGGUGACAGAGACAAAAUGAAGAAUACUUUUCAAAGAAUGCUGCAAGCUAAUUUGGAGCUGGGAGAUCAGGACAGAUAUUAUUCAACUUCUGAUGAUCAGCAUUCGAUACUUGUUCAUGAGGCAAUAAAAGACGACAAGCUUCGACAUAUAGAACGUCAACGCAAACAAAUGGCAGAGCGAUACAUUGUGACAGCAGCAAAGGUCAUAGCACCAGCACUGGAAACUUCGUUUGCAGCAGGAUUUGAUUGGUGUGUUGAAUGUGUCAAGAUGUCUCCAUAUGUGGAGUUGGCUGGUGAGCUGGAAAUAACAAAGGCGGUAACGUACCUCAGAAUGAAAGAGUUUCAGACCGCUAUCGAUGUCCUGAAAGGAUUUGAGAAGAAAGAGUCAAAAAUGGCAUCUGCAGCUGCUACUAAUCUUUCAUUUAUGUUUGUAUUGGAAAAUGAUCUCGGACAAGCAGAGAAAUAUGCCGAAAUGGCAAUGGCAUCUGACAGAUACAAUCCACUUGCUCUCGUUAACAGAGGCAACUGUUCGUACUUGAAAAAGGAAUGGGAUCGAUCAAUGGAGUACUACCAGGAAGCAUUGCAAGUGGACUCAUCGUGCACAGAGGCUCUAUACAAUCUUGGUCUAUUGUACAAGAAGACCAAUCGAUUGGAAGAGGCGCUGGAGUGUUUUCUCAAGCUGCAUGCCAUUUUGCGUAGUAGUUCUCAAGUAAUGUAUCAGAUAGCUCAUGUGUACGAGAUGCUGGAUGAUGCUUCGAAUGCAACCGAAUGGUUUAUGCAACUUGUGUCUGUUGUGCCGACUGAUCCUGCGAUAUUGUCGAGAUUGGGUGACUUGUAUGAUGGGACACAAGACAAGUCACAGGCAUUUCAGUAUCAAUAUGAGUCAUUCAGAUAUUUCCCAUCAAACAUUGAUGUCAUAUCAUGGCUGGGUGCCUACUACGUCGAAUCUCAGUUUUGUGAAAAAGCCAUUGUAUACUUUGACCGAGCAGCAGUCAUUCAACCAACCGAAGUCAAGUGGCAACUCAUGGUUGCUAGUUGUCAUCGUCGAACAGGAAAUUACCAGCAGGCGUUGCAGACGUACAAGCAGAUUCAUCAGCGAUUUCCAGAAAACGUUGAAUGUCUGAAGUUUUUGGUUCGUCUCUGUUCUGAUCUUGGUCUGAAAGAAGUGCAGGAGUAUGCAACCAAACUGAAGAAGGCAGAGAAAGCGAAGGAACAACGAGAGCAGGCAAGUCAUUGUGUUUACUUACGUCUUGGUGUCUAUUUGCUCAGAGUUUAUUAUCUAUGGCAGCGAGCUCAUAGUGGUGGGAAACAUAGGAGUGACACAAGGAGUGGGAGUGGCACUAGGAGUGGGAGUGGCACAAGGAGUGGGAGUGGUGCAAGGAGUGGGAGUGGUGCAAGGAGUGGUGGCAAGUCUAGGAGUCGUAACACGAGUGCAAAUGAAGAACGUCGUGGUGGUGGUGCGGUCGGGCGAAGUGAUCACAGUGUUGUGAUGAGCGAUGAAGACUUACUAGAUAUAUUGAGAGGAAAGCCAAAGGAUGUUGAUGCGACAUACACUGAUCCAAUGGGUGAGCUACCACCACGACCAAAAACAGGCUCCAAGCAACGAAGAGAAGAUGAAAAUACAUUCGAAGGAGAAGAACUCGGCGAUGACAUGCUACCAGAGUAAUUCAUCUCAUUGACCAUUAUAGACUUCAUUAAUUAAAAUUGCUGUCAAAUACUGUCUUAACAAUUCAUGAACUCAUUCUACUAUUAUUCGACUUUGUGUGUGUGUGUGCGUGUGUGUGUGGCCAUUUGUGUGUUGGUGCAAUAGCUGAGUUGGUUAGAGAGUCAUCUUAUGGAAUAUUGACAUCCAGGAUCUAAAGGGUCGCAAGUUCAAGUAACAGUGAUGGCGAGCUAUGGCAUAAUUUCUGCAAGAAACUAACACACAUUUGCUUCUCUUGACUCAGGAGUAUAAAUGAGUACCUGGUCAUUGACUGGGGUCCUAAGCGGCCAUUGGCUGACGUGACAUCAGCCACUGGGGUC